AUGGAAAAGUUUUUAAUUAAUAAACUUCAAAAUCUAUUCAAAGGAAUUGACAAAAAGGUUUCAAGUUUGCACGAGAUUAAUUAUAAUCGAUAUGGAUGUUUUCAAUCUAUUCUUGAUUUGGAUGUUAAUAUGAUCAGCCAAAUUAGAAUAAAACAUUCAAAAUCACCUUCCAUUUUAAUUACUGAAACAUAA